AUGGCUGCCUCAGCAUGCGAGGAGCGACCUGUCCAGUCGGGGAAAGGUAGGAGCAAGCAGCCACGGCAGACCAAGGCGAUGAAAAAAGGGCUAUUGCUUGACAGCGUGGGUCCAUCAUUGUUACGCACACUCGAUUCAUAUCCUAUACCGCAUUUCUUCCACGAUAACUGCGAAUUACUCCCUCCAACAGACAAUUUCUUAUCCGCUCCUCAACAUCAUCCAAGACUUAGUCGCAGCACCAGUAGUGAGAACGGUAGCAGCGACAGCAGUCGUACUCUCGUCGAUCACAUUCCAGGAUCAGAUACACCAUCCGACCAUACUCUGGGUGCAUCGGGCUACCCAAAAUUGCGCGAGCGACGAAGCUUGCCGUUUCUCAGACGCAGACCUCGAUCCUGUACGAAAGCCCCCAAGCACGACCCUGACUUCAGCACACGACAAAUUGUAGAAGCCCUAGCACUGCGAUAUGGAACUGUUUCACACAUGGGCAUGCUUGACCGCAGCUACCGAUUCUUUGUCAACAAAUCCCACAUCGCCGCCAUCUGCUACAAAAUAAUCAACCACGUCGCCAUCGUGAGCGGCGACCCUCUCUGCGAGUACACUCGAUUCGAUAGCGUCCUCGAUGAAUUCGCAACUUACCGAAAAGAACACUCGUUAGAUAUCGCUUUCAUGGGGGCAAGCGAAGCAUUCGCUAAAUACGCGCGGCAACGGAACUGGAACACAAUGCAAUUCGGGGUAGAGCGAGUCCUGAACCCUUGCACCAACGACGUCCUUCUCGAACGUAGCAGCAAGCGAGUCAUCACCCAAAACCGACAGCUCCUGAACCCAGAUAAAGGCGGCAUAACACUGGGUGUAUACGUUCCCGCCUCCGGAGAAGAUACAGCAUUUCAAGCCGAGCUGAUGUCUAUAUACGACUCCUGGCGCGAACAGCGCAACCAAAGCAGAACGACUUCCCAAGCAUUCAUCACCGUCUAUAAUCCCUUCGACUACCCCAACCUCAUGACAUUCAUAUAUACUCGCGCUGCCGACGGCACGGUGAACGGGUUCGCUGCCCUACGACGCAUCGGCACACACAACGGCUACCACAUCGACCCUUGCAUCGCAGCACCCGGCGCACCGAAGGGGAUAUCCGAUCUGCUCAACUAUGCGGCGAUGGCGCUCCUCCACCAUAUAAACAUCUCCUACCUCAGUCUGGGAUACGAGCCCCUUACCGAGCUAGGCGAGGUGACCGGCAUGUCACCGACCUUGGAGCGACUCACUCGGUCCUUAUAUCACCACACGUACCAACGAUUGCCAAUCCACGGCAAGAAGGCAUACCAUGACAAGUUACGGCCCGACCCAUGUCAAGAAUCGGGACUUUAUGUCAUCUUCCCUGCAGGAAUGCCGGGCGUGCGACAGAUGGUUGCGAUGGCACACAUGGCCAAUAUAAGUAUCCGGAAGUUGAUUCGGACAAAGGCCGAAAAUUCUCCGGGCGACUUCGGGAGACAGAAUGAAGUCAAGGACGAAAAGUAA